GAUGGGGUGCAGUUCAUCUCUGUGAAUAAUGUUCAGCUUGUUAAGGGCAGGAAACUCCAACUUCAACGUAUGUGUGCUGGCAUUGCCCAUCAUGCAGGCAACCUGUAUGUCACCUCACGUACUGCUCUCUACCAGUACACUAUGAUUGGGGAACUUGCAAAAAAGAUCUAUGAAGAUACAACUGGUAACUUUACAGUGUGGAAGUGUGCUGCGAGUCCAACUGGUGACAGGAUCUAUGUAACUAACUCCUCCUAUAACAAGCUCCUCACACUGUCCCCAGAUGGGACCCUGAUAUCCACAUUCACAGAUCCUGAAUUACAAUAUCCAUGGGGUGUGCAUGCUACACCAGAUGGUCAGGUCCUUGUCUGUGGGUAUAACUCCAACACUGCCAUACAGGUUGAUGGAGAGGGCAAGAGAAAGCUGGCUACUCUGGCUACAAUGAAGGAUGGAUUAAGCUUCCCAGUGUCAGUUUGCUACAACAGUAACACUAAAGAAGUCAUUGUGGGAAGAAUGAAUAACACCAAAAUCCUUGCACUCAAACUGCUAUAGCUAGCAUUUGCAAAUUAUGUAUAACAAAGAUGAACAAAUAUGAUCUCCUGUUCAUAAUGUAUAUAAUACCUUUCAAGACAUGUCACUUGCACUCAGGUGAACAGCUUCGGCAUGCCCAAUUCAACUGUUCAACUCUGCAUUUUAAAUUCAAAUGCCAUGCAAUACUUAAAUGUCUGAUACGAAAAGUUCAGUGCUGUGAGCAGUGCACUUCUUCCAUGUUAGAAUUGAUUACUUUGAGAAAAUCUAGUUUUUCUUGUCUUAUUACUUAAACCUUGUUGUUCAAUGCCCCAUUAGCUUUCUGAAUUCGGGACUUAUAAUACAGCUCGUACUCAUUACUCUCCAUGGUGCAAUUAUUCACAUAUAGCAUCUUACUUUAUCAUCUUAUCAACUUUUUACUUCAAUGUCCAUUUUAUUUAGAUAAGAGAACCAAAUGCAUAUCAAAACACUUCUCAAUAAGACCAGGUAUGCAUAAUUUUAUUUAUUUUUUUAAAUAGUAAUAACAAAGGAACCAUAAGGAAGUUAUCUAUUUAUUGUAUUACAAGCUUUGAGAAACUAGAUGAUUGUAUUUUUGUUUAACUCAACGUUUAUUAUUGUACUUUAAUAACCGUUUAAUAUGACAUGAAUGUACUUUGUUUUUGUCCGAUAUAGCCGAUUUCUGUUAGCAUGUACAGUUUAUUAUGAAAUGAAUGUUCUUCUUUCUUUUGCCUGUUUCCACUGAUUAUUGUUAAUAUAAGAGCUGUUACGAUUCAUCCAUCAUUUGAUUCGAUUCAAUUUCGAUACCAAAUGGUCCGAUUCGAUUAUUUUCGAUUGGAUUCAUAUCAAACUAUUUGCUGCUUAUUUUGAAAACUAUUUCAUGCAUGGUUUGUCCAGGGCAUGAAUUAAAUGUUUGGUAUUUGUUAUUAACUUAAAAUGUUGUACAUUUAAAGUGUUUAAUUUUUGAAAGUUUAAAAACGUAACAUUGUUUUAUAAGUAAGGCCAGAAUUUUUUUAUAAAAUGAUUUUCAGAUUUUUUUCUCUAAAAGUGUCGGGUAAGAGGACGGAAAAAAAAAGAAAAGAUGGAUGACAAAUAUGCUCUCAUUUUAAAAAUGUAAUGGUAUGAAGUUUUUUCUACUAAGCAACCACAGUGAUUUUUUUCAUUGUUUAUACGGUGUAUGGACACACAACACUCUCACGCAUAGUGAAUUAUUAUCUUAAUUACUCAUUUUUUUUACGCAUGUAUGAAUUUCUUAUAAUAUGGAUUGUGUAAUAUGCUUAAGUGAAUAAAAUAUUUGUUCUGUUAUAUCAUCAACUAUUGGGAUCUCUACAAGGUACGUAUUUAUAUUUUAAAGUGCCAUGGUUACUGAGUAAACCCUUCCAAUCAUCUUUUACAAAGUUUUGUUCUGUCCUACAAUAUCAAGAUCAUCAAAAUAAUAUGAAAUUCAUUACAGUAUUCACUUAAAUUGAUGAACACAUCUUUCUGAAGUUCGAAGAGAAACAUGUCCUUUAUCCAACAUACAGUUUUCUAUAAAUGCCUGUUUGAAAGUAACACAAAGUUUGCCAGAGAUAUGAUUCAGCUGAAAAAUUAUUAUAUACUAUAUAUUUUGUGAAGUUCUAAUACAAAAACAAGAGAUGUGUUAGUCAGAAACACAAUGCCCCCUUCUGCGCCGCUUUGAUUUAUAAAUAUUUUUUUAUCAUUUGGCAGGAACAAAUAAUAAUCUCCCUUUGAAGCUUAUUACUUCCCUUGGAUUUGUUUUUUGACCUUUGACCUUGAAGGAUGACCUUGACCUUUCACCACUAGAAAAUGUGCAGCUUCAUGAGAUACACAUGCAUGCCAAAUAGCAAGUUGCUAUCUGAAGCAACAUAGAAGUUAUGAGCAUUUUUCGAAACCUAAAAGCAAAACCUAAACGAAAAGUGUGACGGAAAGACAGACAGACAGACGGACAGACGGAUGUCCCGAUCACUAUAUGCCCUCCUUCGGGGGCAUAAAAAUAAGCUUCUCUUUAUAAAACAUAAUCCAUUAUUAUGAAAAAUGACUUGUGUUAACAUACACACAAAUAAUUUUCAAAAAUAUUAAGCCGCUAUACAAUGUACAUUGUCACGAGAUUGCAAUUAUGUAUCUUCUGUGUAAAUCCCAUUUAUAUGCAAAUAAUCCUCAUUUAUCUAUCUGCAAUGGAUGAUGUAGUGCUACCUGUAAAUGUGUAUGACAUAAAACACAAAGGUAACUUUAUUAUGACAAGUGAAACCUUGACCUUGAAAUGGCUCUAGUUCUUGCCUACAACAAACCAUGCAUCUCAUCAUGCUUGACAA